AUGGGCCAUCUCUUGUCAUUCUUCGCCGCAUCACCCGCGCCCGCGCCGUCUCUGAUUGCCGGCCGCGUGGUCGGAAAAUACACUGCGGCCGCCGGGAGUCAGACUGUCGAUCUCGACAUAGUCGCCCUCAAUGAUGAGCUCGCAAUCUCGCUGCUGAUGACCAUCGACGAGAGUUUCAGCUUCCUUCGGACCGCCGGCGCCGAGCUCGCUCGAAAGCUCCAGGCCGCCGCCGGCCCCAUCGAGAUGGUCUGCUCUGCCGCCACGCUCGGCAUCGCCGUCGGCCAGCUGGUGGCGAUAUCCUUUGGCCUCGACCGCCAGGUCGUCUUGCAGAAGACUCAGAAGAUCCACCUGCAGGGCGACCGCUCCCUCUCUGAGGCGCUCUCCUCAAUCACAACUGGCACGCCGCAGAAGCUGCUGCUCGACAAGCGCCACCUCCAUCUCGUCGCCGGCAAGCGAGUCGUCUUUGUCGACGACGUCAUCUCCUCGGGCGGCUCGUGCGCAGCGGCGCUCCGCCUGUUGCGCGCGGCCGGCGCGACCGUCGUCGGCGUCGGGGCCAUCCUGGUCGAGGGCCAGGGCUGGAGGAAGCAACUCGGCGAGGCGGACGCAGCGCUGGUCAGCAAUCUCGGCACGAUCCCGCUCUUCCGGCCGCAGGCGGACGGGCAUUGGGCCGAGGAUUGGAAUUGCUGA